CUUCUUCUUCUGAAGCAGAGAGAUCGAGUGCAGUGCGAGAAUAACGAAGUAUGUCUGCCUGCUAAAACCCUAAAAUUGCAGGCAUAAAGGGCUCUCCGUGCUUCAUUUUCUCCUUCUCGGCCUCUUCGCUUGCUGGGUACACGGUCAUCUUCAAAACCUCUCGUUUCCUCUUUUCAUUCUUCUUAAUCGUCUGAUUGCUAAAGAUUGAGGAUGGGGCGGGGGAGGGUUGAGGUGAGGAGAAUAGAGAACAAGAUCAAUAGGCAGGUGACCUUCUCCAAGAGGAAGGCCGGGCUGCUGAAGAAGGCCUACGAGCUCUCUGUUCUCUGCGACGUCGAACUCUCCCUCAUCAUCUUCUCCAGCCGCGGCAAGCUCUUCGACUUCUCCACCGCCUCCAGUUUGCUUAAAAUAAUUGAACGGUAUCGAAGGUGUAGCCAUAAUGAUAUUCCUUCAGAAUCCUUGGUCUCAUCAAAUAAUGAGAUACAGGAUAAUUAUCAAGAAUUCUUGAGGCUGAAAACACGAGUUGAGUUUCUACAACGUUCUCAGAGAAACUUGCUUGGUGAAGAUCUACUGUCCCUAAACGAUAAAGAGCUUGAUCAACUUGAGAAUCAAAUUGAAGUAUCUUUAAGCCAUAUCAGAUCAAGAAAGAGCCAAGUAAUUACUAAUCAGAUAUCUGAGCUUAAAUGUAAGGAAAACAUGUUGCAAGAAUCUAACAUAACCCUGAGAAAGAAGUUGCAAGAAAUAGUUGCCGAUGAUUUCCUCGAUAGCUCAAUGCAAGAGGGUGAUAACAACUAUAUCGAUGCUGAUCAAUUGGAGUUUCAACCUCUCGAAGGUGAUCCUCCCGUGGAAAUUGGAUCCAAUCCCUCCAUGGGCCUUCUGAAUGGUGAAUUUACUGGGAUGGCGGAAGAUGUUGAAGAAUUUGUCAGGCAAUGGAUGUGAAAUCUUGAUCCCAAACUAUGUAUAUAGACCAUAUUUAAACAUAUGAGAAAGGACAAUAAAGGUUCUUAUAUAAACGUUUCUUCA